AUGUCAGACACCGAGGGAGCCAAGGGCAAGGGCUGGACUGACCGUCAACGUCUCGCAUACUACUUCAAUCUCGUCGAGUUCUCCAACGUCAAGCUUGACUUCGCCAACGCGCCCCGUCCUGAUGGCAAGUCCGUCGGCGCCUGUCGCAUCAUGGUCGACCGCCUCAAGGGCACCCUCAAGACCGACCUCGCUGCUCUUCGUGGUGUCGACGAGGGCGAUGUGGUUGGUCCCAAGAAAACCCCGACACCGCGUAAGCGUAAGGCCAAGGGUGAUGCUGGUACCGAGGGAGAAGCUACACCUACGAAGCGCGGACGUAAGAAGAAGGUUGCUGAGGAGGUUGUGGUUGAGGAGGACGAGGACGAGCUGACUCCAGUCAAGCCCGAGCCCAAGGAGGAGGAUCUUCUGGCCGAGGAUUGA